ACUCGCUGGAGGAGGAGCUGGGAAGGGGGCUCGAGGGCCGGUUGUCCCUGCCUGGGGAGGCCCUGAGGGGGAGGGGCGAUGGUUUUGAGGUAGGGUUUUGGGGAGAGGAAGCUAGAGUCAUUUUCUGCUUCUGCAAAGACCCUCCUUGGAGGGCCUCCCCCACCAGUUGCCCAGUGGUGCACUCACCUCCGCCCCCGGCUGGCUCCUAUUUCGCCAGCUCCUGCAGUGACAGCUGGAGGGCCUAGGAGAUGAAGUUCCCGGCUCCCACGGGGGUCUUCCACUCUCCACCCUCUCCCCGCCCCCAGAAGGAGAAUCGAUUGAUUCCUGACGUCCCCAGGCAAGGGCACUGGGGAGUGGGGAGCACUGUGGGCUGGGCCCGGUUCAGAGACCCGCCAGGGUGUGUGGCCUGAUUCCCAGGAGGAGCUACCCUGGGUUGCCAUGAGAGAGACUUUUGAGGCCCUCAGCUCCCUGGGAUUCUCUGUGGGACAACCGGAGAUGGCCCCCCAAAGUGAGCCUGGGGAAGGGUCCCAUAAUAACCAGGAGCGGAUGUCCCCUUCCAGGGAAGACAGCAUGCUGGGCACAUGCUCUGGGCACGAGGCCCCCAGACCAGAGGAAGGUGCCCACACUGAAGAAGCUCAAGGUCCUGGCAGAGGAGGUCAGGCAUGCGCGCCGCAGAAGGCCGAGCCCAUGGGCUCCUGCCCAGGGGAUGAGUGGAUGAUACGGAAGGUGAAGGUGGAGGAGGAGGAUCAGGAGGCGGAAGAGGAGGUCGAGUGGCCUCAGCAUCUAGCGUUACUCCCCGGCCCUUUUCCCGCGCCGGACCUGGGGCCUCUGGCAGCUGCGUACAAGCUGGAGCCUGGGCCCCCAGGGGCCCUGGAAGGACUCGCGCUGGCCGGGUGGACCCCGACCUCGGAGAAGCCCUACGGCUGCGGGGAGUGCGAGCGGCGGUUCCGGGACCAGCUGACUCUGCGGCUGCACCAGAGGCUGCACCGCGGCGAGGGCCCGUGCGCCUGCCCGGACUGCGGCCGCAGCUUCGCGCAGCGCGCACACAUGCUGCUGCACCUGCGCAGCCACCUGGGCGAGCGGCCCUUCCCCUGCUCCGAGUGCGACAAGCGCUUCAGCAAGAAGGCGCACCUGACCCGCCACCUGCGCACGCACACGGGCGAGCGGCCCUACCCGUGCGCCGAGUGCGGCAAGCGCUUCAGCCAGAAGAUCCACCUGGGCUCGCACCAGAAGACGCACACCGGCGAGCGGCCCUUCCCCUGCACCGAGUGCGAGAAGCGCUUUCGCAAAAAGACACACCUGAUCCGCCACCAGCGCAUCCAUACGGGCGAGAGGCCCUACCAGUGCGCCCGGUGCUCCCGCAGCUUCACGCACAAGCAGCACUUGGUGCGGCACCAAAGGGUGCACGAGGCGGCCGGCCGCGCCCCCUCCUCUCCCGACGCGCCCGCCUCGCCAGGUUCCCCGGCCCCGUCCCCGACCCCGUCCCCUCCCGGGCCCAAGCCUUUCUCCUGCUCCGACUGCGGCCUCAGCUUUGGCUGGAAGAAGAACCUCGCCACGCACCAGCGCCUGCACCGCGGCGAGGGGCGCCCCUUUGGGUGCGACGAGUGCGCGCUGGGCGCUACCGUGGACGCCGCCGCCGCCGAGCCCUUGGCCUGCGCGCCCGGUGACACGCCGGCAACCCAGGGCGCUCCCGCCAGCGAGCGGUCCUCCUGCGCGGACUGCGGGCGCGGCUUGGCCCACGGGCAGCAGCCGGCGCGGCAGCGGCGGGUGCACCCGGGCGAGCGGCCCUUCGCCUGCGCGCAGUGCGGCCGCCGCUUCGGCUCGAGGCCCAAUCUGGUCGCGCACUCCAGAGCCCACAGCGGCGCCAGGCCUUUCGCCUGCGCGCAGUGCGGCCGCCGCUUCAGCCGCAAGUCGCACCUGGGCCGCCACCAGGCGGUGCACACAGGCAGCCGGCCCCACGCCUGCGCCGUCUGCGCCCGCAGCUUCAGCUCCAAAACCAACCUGGUGCGCCACCAGGCCAUCCACACUGGCUCCCGCCCCUUCUCCUGCCCGCAGUGCGGCAAGAGCUUCAGCCGCAAAACCCACCUGGUGCGGCACCAGCGCAUCCACGGCGAGGCCGCCCACGCGGCCGCCGACGCCGACCUCUCGGCCCCUGCCUGGCCCACUGCCGCAGAGGCAGCGGCGCCCCCUCUCUUCUUCUGAGCCGCGUUCUCUCCGGGAGCCUUCCUCUCCAGGAGCUCGUGGUUGGAGAGACCCAUGCCCCACAUCUUCUGGGCGGUAAGCACGACGGCCUGGGCCCCGAUGGCUGUUCUCUGCCCUCUUUAUCUUGCUGGAGAGGAACAAGUCCGGGCAGGAUGACCAGCUUUGGCAUUCUGUGACAAAGACAAUGCUAAGAGUGAGCCCUUGCUGGGAACAGUUCAGGUGUGAGUCCUGGAAAGAAUCCCACCAAGAGACCCCAUCAGAAAGCAGACGUUUGUUUUCUUGGACCCCAGCCUGCCGAGGACCGGCUGGGUCAGGAGCCUCUCCAGGGGGAGUGAAAAGAAUGAGUAUGUGUGUACUUCAAGUGUCAUUAAAAUCAAAAUCUGAAGGUUCUGGGGCUGUUAAAUGAGCACCGCGGGAGGCAGGGAAUCCCUGACUCUUCUCAUCCACUGCCCCACUCAGUCCUCCCCCAGAGGACCAUCCCUUCCUACCCCUGGGGUGGGCUAAAUUUAGCCAGGCGCGGGUAAUGGGCUCUGGGAAAUGAAAAUUAAAAAGAGCUCACCACAAGCCACUAUCCUGCUCCCUGCUUUUAGCUUGAUGGAAGAAACAUGAACAUGCGUGUCUCAUGGCAGGUGCCGAGGCUACCACGGCAGGGAACGCAGAGAGGGGCAGGGUGCCCUGUGGCCAUUGCCAUGGAGAUGACGUGGGCUCUGAAACUGUCCCCAGGGGAUCUUAGAACAGCAGCCCCACCUGCCACCCUGCCUGGCAGCGUGAAGGACGUGAACAGCAGAUGAAUGUUGCUUUCCCAACACCAUCUCCCCUAAGUUCUGUCUUUAAGGGAGAUGCUUGAUCGAGACGUCUCCGUAGCGGCGUGUGCCCAGCCGGCUGGCUGGCUGGCUGGCAGUGAGAUGGAGGGGAGGAUGA